AGCGGAAGUCAGUGACGCACCAUCACACACAGCUGCUCAGCGGGGGUAAUGAAAUAAACAAACCGUCGUCAUUCGGGGGCCAAACACGGCGGGCGGUGCGGGCGAGGUAUCGCAAUUCGGACCAUCAUGCCCUUUGCUCUGGCAGCGGGACAGCAAGUGUGUGUGUGAGCGUCCCUGGUUGGCUCUGCUGGGAUGAACAUGCCACUGCACCAAAUCUCUGUCAUCCCCCGCGAUGUCACCUCAUCACGGGUGUCAGGCAGUGGGAAAGCUAAGGACAAAGACAAGCAGAAUGAAAAGCCUCUGGGUCAUUCUGCAAGCAGGUCCAGCAAUAUAUCAAAGGCGGGGAGCCCGACUUCCGUCAAUGCUCCAUGCAGUUUCUCAAGGACGUCAGUUUCCCCCUCAAGCCAGGACAUCUGCAGCAGUCAGGAUCAGGCCGGUCAGAAGCAGACUGCAGUGGUUCUGUUGAAUUCUAAUGGUAAAACCUGUCAAGGUUCAGGAGGUAUUUCAGUGACCACCCUCUGCACCGACGCCCUACCAGUCUCCAGACACACCAAACAACGAGACUGGCUUUCUCUGCUCCGCCCCUCCUCCGUCAACAUCCGACCUAACAGUUCACUCAAGUUUUCUGUGUCUCUGAAUGACGUGGGCCAGCGCGUGGACAGUCUCUGUCGCGGCCUGCACUUUAUAGAUCGCACCUGCUCCGAGGGAGAGCUGGAGCUGGAGCCUGAGCCUGCUCAGCCACCCAGCUUGGAUCGAAGGGCGCACACCCUCAACGGCAAGCUAGCUUCAGCACCCGCACACCACCAUCCAAAUCCGACCUUCUCAACACACACCCACCCCCACAUCGUUCCCUCCUUUACCAACAACUACAAAUACAUGAUGGGCAUCCAUCCUACCAAUUGUUUUCCAUCUGACCCUGCAGUCAUCGCCCCUCCUCCUCCUCUCUCCAACGGCCACCUCCACCCUCAUCACUCCCCAAGCACCAACUUCCUCCGUCUCCUCCUCCCCUUCUCUCAAUCCUCUACCUCGGCCAGCCUGCAGUGCUCUGAGCUGGGCAGCUAUGCCUCUCACCUCCACAUCACCAAGUCCUCUAGCACCCUGCUGGAAGGCAACGAGUCAGGGUUUCCACCUGAGGAUCUACUGGCAGAUGACAAUGUGUUCGAGGAACACCAGUCCAGUCCAGCUCCAAAGAGAACCAGCCAGCUGGCAACCCCAGAUACAGUCACCUUGGUUGGGCAGGGUGCUCUACUAGCCCCCCUGUGCUAUAUGGAUGAGGACAGCGACUUGGACUGCUGCCCGUCCCCUUUGUCAGAGAAAACUGGGCCACUGUCACCCUAUUCUCUAUCUGGGGACUGCUGCAGGAUUUGUCACUGUGAAGGGGAUGACGAGAGUCCUCUGAUCACACCAUGCCACUGCACGGGGAGCCUGCGCUUUGUCCACCAGGCCUGUCUACAGCAGUGGAUCAAGAGCUCCGACACUCGCUGCUGUGAGCUCUGUAAAUAUGAGUUCAUCAUGGAGACCAAGCUCAAACCACUGCGCAAGUGGGAGAAGCUACAGAUGACGGCGAGCGAGAGAAGGAAGAUCAUGUGUUCGGUCACCUUCCACAUCAUCGCCAUCACCUGCGUGGUGUGGUCGCUCUACGUUCUCAUCGACAGAACAGCAGACGAAAUCAAAGAAGGGAUCCUGGAAUGGCCUUUCUGGACCAAGCUGGUAGUAGUGGCCAUCGGCUUUACGGGUGGACUGGUGUUCAUGUACGUCCAGUGCAAAGUCUAUAUCCAUCUAUGGAGGAGACUCAAGGCCUACAACCGGGUCAUAUACGUCCAGAACCGGCCAGACACGUGUAAAAAGCUGGUGCUGGAGAAGCCGCCUCUCCUGGAGCCAAGUCUGGAGAACAAGGAGGCUCUGGCCCCCACCCAGUCGGACACAAACUCCUCCCAGUACACAGAGACAGAGGACUACAGUAUGGAGGUGCUCCAUGUCUGACCACUCAGUCCAUGCCAUUGGUUGUCCUACUCAUACUACACACACAAACAGAACCACAGUUACUGAGGAACGACCAGACACUCCCCCCUCCUCAGAUCCCAGACUGACCCACUGUCCUCUUCUGGUCCUCUUACUGUAUGGUUCCAAAACUCCAUCCACAGAGACAGACAGACAGACCAUGACUAUCUUCGUCUAUCCACAUCCUUCCUGUCAGACCUUUUUCCUCCAUCCACUUGCACCCUUAAUCAACACUCUCACCUCUUUCCUUUCACAGGACUGAACUGUUUUUACUGAUUUCUGUAAAUGUCUGAAGAGGCCUGGAGGAUACCUCUCUGCACGCACACACACACACACACACACACACACACACACACACACACACACACACACACACACACACACUCUUGUAUGUACACUUCUGGGAGAGCAGGACUGAGCCAAAUGGACUCAUAAACAGCUCCGGAGGUUUACACAUCUCUGAUGUGUGGUUUGUUUGCUUGUGGGUUUGUUAGAUUUGUUUGUUUUUACCUCCUCUGAGUCUUGGGCUAACCCUCCAUGGAUCAGUAUGUAGCGCCGCGCAUCGGAUCUCUGGAACAUUCCAGCCAUUGCCACCUCUGUUGCUGGGGUCUUUCAAGUCCAAAAUGGUCUGGAUCCAACCAGGCCUUGAUGUGGACAUGCAUCGAAGCACUUUUGUUUUUUAGUUCCCGUUCUCUAGCUCGUCUUUGUUUUUCUUCAAUAUGAAUUAAGUCUUAUAUGUUGUACAUGGGGGACCGCACACUUGGAAAUGUUUCUUGUUUUAUUUGACAUUGCAUUUCUUCUUACGCACAUAUACAUAUAUAUAAACCCUCCCAUGGAUGACAAAAAAGGAAUUGAGGUUAAAAAAUGGAAUCAUGCCGACAGAAACAUAUGAGUGUCUUAGUCAAAACAGGAAAAAUGGGUUUUGACUAUGACGUGUCAGGCUCAUAGUUGAAAUGCAGAUAAUGGAAAAUCCAGCCACAUGACUUCUCUAUCCCAACAUGAACUCUCUGAAGGCUAAGAGAAUGUAAGCUUUUUAAAAAAAAAAAAAGAUUAAAAAAUAAAUAAAAUAUAAAAAAAAAGAAAAGAAGCAACAUUUUUUUUACUGGUCACAGGAAAUUGCCAGAUAAUUUCCAUGUCAUAAAGAGAGCCUUUGGGCAUAAACAACGUCGCUCAUGUUUUUCGAUCAUGCGAAUGACACAGUAUUUACAGUGUGAUAUUCCAUGUGCAGUUUUUAAUAUAUUGAUUUCCUUCCGUAGUUAUGGGUUAUGCCUUUAGAAAUCUGCAGCUGCCUGUUUCCAGUCUGUCCUCCUGUCGCUCCCACUGUGUAGGCGGUGCAUUAAUUGAUCCCAAAUAGAUAGUUCGGAUUAAAAAACAGGCAGACUUUUGACUGCUCAAAAUAAGCUUUAGGCUGAUGUGUGCUCUGCAGGUCAGGAUCCGCACAUCUACAGUCCAUCUCUUCAGUUAUGUUAACACACUUGAGCACAGGGUAUAAGGAGCCAGAUCUGAAUUUUCCACAUGACAUUUGGGAUGAUUACCGAGCAUUUCAGAUGAGCAGGGAUCUCAGUUUCAUUGAAAGUGUCUUGUUUCUUCUUGCUAGAGUCUCUCACAUGGUGGAGGAUGUCUAUUUUAGUGUUAAUCACAAGACGGCCAGCAUGUUCCCGCUCAUUUGAUUGUGUUUUUCUCACAUCUGACCUUAUGUUGUUCAAAUGAAACAAGUUGUUCCAGCACCUUAUUUUUAUUUUUAUUUGUCUUAUUUCUAAAUAUAAGCACAGUGAAUCACAGCUUGAAUACUGUCACAGCAUUAUUCCAGCAUUUUUAUAUCAGGGUCGUUUUUCUAUCAGAUCAUUAUUAUUAUUUUGAAAUACAAAAAUCAAUGCAAUCCCAAAUGUCCAUAUGUUUGCUACCUGUGACCCAAGCCUCAUCACUCAUUGAUGAGGUGACUGGAGUGCCACCUGCUGGUGUGAAGCCGAAUGUGCAGUCUGAGGCAGGCAGCAGCUGAUUUCUGGGGGCGACGUGCUUUGGGGCUUACAGUGGUUGUAAGUGCUUUUGUGUAUGUGGGAGCACAGCGAUGCCAGGCUCAUGUUGAGCCUCAUAGCCAUUCUAGCAGCACACACAUUUUUAAAAACCGUCUUUGAUACCAGUACACUGUAUGUGAACAACGAUGGUCCAACUCCAUACCUGACAAUUACUGCUCAGCAGCAGCAAUAAAUGAAAUCAGCGCUUUGUUUUUUGCAACAGUUGCAUACCGUACUUGUGUAUAUGCCCCAUGGUGACUUGAGAUCUGGAAUCUAAUACAAUUUUAAUACAUAAUAUGAGCCGAGGGAGUUGUUGUGUGUCAAGUUGGAUUAAGACCUAGUAAUGAGAAGCUUCUCUGAAACUUCAAAACCCACGAGGCUCGGUGCAAUUAGACAUAAAAAGUGCAAUUACCCUUUUGUUGUUGUUCUAUUCUAUUCUAUAGUUAUGUACUGGUGUUUAAUGUCCAGGGUGUCCUCUGGGUAUAAAAAGAUUAUUUCCUCAUUUUGUGUUGUAUUUAUUUUUAAAAGAAAACAGAGUACAAUUUGUUCAUUUAAAAACUCCUUUCAUUAGUAAUUUUAUGCAACUUACACUUAGUUUUUUUUCCCAGGCAUCGAUACCAGAAAAACACUUCCACUCUUUGUUCUGCACUUAAGUUUGUCAUUAAGAUAUUCGUGUUGUAGAAAGCUUAAUGUGUGUCUCUGCUUUUCCUUCUGGCUUCUUAAAUUGCUUGUUGAAUUUUGUUUUAAAUAUGCAGAAUAUAGACAAUUAACCACAGCAUCGCAUCUGAAUAUGACAUGUUUUUCACAUAUAAAACAUGGAAUAUUUGCAUGUACAGUUUCCUUGAGAUGGAGGAUGAAAGAUGGACUGUAGAUUGUGCUUUUUUUUCUCUUUUCUUUAACUUUCUACUCAUAGGAGCUGGCUCCUUUCAUGAAGUCUGAGACAGAAGUCUUGAUGUAGUCCUGAUGAAGAUUGAGGCCACUUCAGGACGCUUUUACAAGCAGGCAUGUUUCCCUCUCAGAGCAGCUUUUUCUUUCUUUCUUUAUUUCUCUAUCACUAUGAACUGAUUUCUUUAUUUAAAAUCCUACUGAGCAGGAUAUCGACUGAGAAGGAAAGGUACUUUCUCAGCCUUCAAGUCUAGAUAUUUCUGUCUGUCUUAACCCUGUUUCUUAAAUUCUAUCAUGUCUGGGAAUAGUGUAACUUGCAUAAAGCUACAUUUGUUUACUACUGACUGGACUUGAACAUAUAUGACUGUUCCCCUAUCUUAUGGCAUCAUUCCACAACUUUGUCUGUGAAUUUACUUUGGAAUAGUAAUUGUAAAGAAUUUGGUAAAAGUACUUAUGUUUUUAAAAGAAAUAUUGAUGUGUUUUCAGUUUAAUUUUCCAUGUUUGAACAAAGUAUGUAGAGUUAAAAAGAACAACCAAAUAAAAAUUAAAUUACUUUUAA